ACGGCUCUAACGGCCAGAACCGUCACGUGACUCCUGCCCCUGCGCGCGCCGCGCUCAACGUCCGUAGCCGUCACGUGUCUCUUCUAACCGUCCCCCGUGAGGUGCGUCACUUCCGGCCGCUGCGGGGGCCACCACUGGUGUGCGGCGGAGCCGGCUACAGAAUAACGUCCAGGUUUCGCUCCAGAUCAUCCCAUCCUCCCGGGGGAAGGAAAUGGCUGCAAUGGAGCUGGCUCAGGUGCUCCAGGAGUUCCCUUGUGUGGGGAUUGAGGCCAAGAGAUGAUGUCACACUCCACCUUACGUAGCUUUUCCAUAUGGCGGGCACCCUUUGUUCCAAACUCAAUUCCCAGUUCAGUUAGUGGAAUAAUACAGGGACCGGUGACCUUUGAGGAGGUGGCUGUGUAUUUCACCAGGGAAGAGGGGGCUCUGCUGGACCCUGAUCAGAGAGCCCUCUACAGGGAUGUCAUGCAGGAGAACUACGAGACGGUGGUCUUUCUGGGAUUUCCAAUUUCCAGACCUGAUGUGAUCUCGCUGCUGGAACGAGGGGAAGAGCUGUGGGUCCCAGACCUCCAGGGCUUUGAGAAAGAAGUUCUCCUCAGAGUUCCCUGCACAGGUGAUGGGAUGGUGAGUGAGAAUGAGGAGGAGAAACCCCUGCAGGAAGAUGCUGAGCAAGUAGAACCACAUGGAACGUUAUCAGGAAGAUCCAAAGGGAAUGUUUCCGGGAGUUCUACACUCCCAGAAAAAGCAAAAGUCUGUGAGACUCAGCAGAGGCCAGAGGAAAACUUCAGUAACCACUCAGACCUUAUUGAAUAUGAGAGAAUCACCUUGGAAGAGACAUGCUACACAUGUCAUGAGUGUGGGAAAAGCUUCAGUGGGACCUCUGAUCUUCUCACACAUCAGAAAAUCCACAGUGGAGAGAGACCUUUCAUGUGCUCUGAGUGUGGGAAAAGCUUCAAUCGGAGCUCUUCCCUUAUCACGCAUUGGAGAGUCCACACGGGUGAGAAACCUUAUGGAUGCUCCGAGUGCGGGAAAUGCUUCAACUGGAGCUCCCAUGUUAUCAGACACAGGAGAAUCCACACGGGAGAGAAACCAUAUGGAUGCUCCGAGUGUGGGAAACGCUUCAAUCGGAGCUCACACCUCAUCCGACAUCGCAGAAUCCACACGGGAGAGACGCUCUACGCAUGCUCCGAGUGCGGGAAAAGCUUCAAUCAGAGCUCUGCCCUGAUCACACAUCAGAGGAUCCACACUGGGGAGACGCCCUACACAUGCGCUGAGUGUGGGAAAAGCUUCAAUCAAAGCUCAAACCUUAUCAGACAUCAGCGAAUCCACACCGGAGAGACGCCCUACACGUGCUCUGAGUGCGGGAAAAGCUUUAGUCAGCACUCACACCUUAUCAUACAUCGGAGGAUCCACACUGGAGAGAAACCCUACACGUGCUCGGAGUGCGGGAAACGCUUCAGUGAUAGCUCAGCCCUCAUCACACAUCAGAGAAUCCACACGGGUGAGAAACCUUAUGGAUGCUCUGAGUGUGGGAAAAGCUUCAAUCAAAGCUCAACCCUUGUUAAACAUCAGAAAAUCCACAUGAGAAAGAACUGUAAUAAAUCCCUUGACUAGGCCUGGCCAAGGAUUUGAUUUUUUUUAAAUCACAUUUGCUAAUUCCUGCAUAGUGAUCUGUGCACCAUCUUCACUGUGGUCUCUCAGCUCCCUCAGAUUUGCCUGCUUCUGCUUUUGCAGCUCACACUUCUUUGGGGUCAGUCCUGUGAUCUUUUCUAUCAAUUCCUUUCCUUUUGAGUCGUAGGAGCGUGUGUCCCUCCAGCCAGGAAUGUUCAUCAGCUCCAGGUGGGGGAGAGAGGUUUGAUCCCAACAAGCUACACUGAGGCAAAAACGCCCUGUGCCUGACAUCCACUAGGGCUGCACAUGGCAUUGGCUGCUCAAGUUAGUGAUCUUGGUGUAAAAAGAGAAUUAUAGUUGUAGUUCAGAUGCAGCCCAGGUGCAGUGGUUGGUAUUAGCUUCCCCCUUGAUCUGACCUAAACGCCAUCACUUUUCCUAGUCUAAACAAACCUGUGUCCCAGGUAAACUCUUUUUAGAACGCUGCUCCUUAGUUAAAUGGCAUUGAUCACACUCUUAAAGGCGCCAUGAUUAAAUUGGGAACAACUGUCUUUUACCAUUUGGAUCCAAAGUUUCAUGAAGCAUAGAGAGAAUCAUAGAAGAUUAGGGUUGGAAGAGACCUCAAGAGGUCAUCUAGUCCAACCCCCUGCUUAAAGUAGGA